AUGAAGUACCUUCGCUCUGCGGGCGGCCUGCUCGCCACGGCUUUGGCCGUUUUCAAUUGGACUCCUCUAGUCUCGUCUCUGGGGGCUACGGAUACAAUCACCAGUUGUGGUGAUAACUCGAGAGCAUGUUACGAGACAAAUCACAACAUGGACCCCGCGGUCGUUUCAUCUAGUGCCUUUGGUCAACUGUGGAGGACGGCGCUCCCCGGAAACUACAGAAACCUAAAUGUCAAAGAGCAGAUGUUCGCUCAACCUCUAGUGUUCACACCAAACGGUGAUGGUACGCAAUACGUUUACGUAUCGACCACUCAGAACAACGUCUAUAAGAUUAAUGCCAAGACUGGUGAUAUUGUUGCCAGCCGUAAUCUUGCUGUUCCUUUCUUGACCGCUGACCUCGACGGAUGUUUGGAUAUCAACCCACAUGUUGGAAAUACUGCUACUGGUGUUAUCGAUCCCGCGACGGAAACAUGGUACUUGACUAUCAAAACAUACAGAGAUCAAAGUGACGUUGAAAAGGGUCGCCUCAAUGGUAGAUAUUUCAUCUAUGCUAUUGAUACGACCACUCUUAACGACAGACCGAACUUCCCUGUACCACUUGAGGAUCUCGCCGCCAGAAACAACCCUAAGAGACUGUUCAAAGGUGGUAACCAACAUCAACGCCCAGCCUUGAUGCAGCACAAUAAUUUCAUCUAUGCCGGUUUCGCCUCCCAUUGUGUCCAGUACAACUUCUCCGGUUGGUUGGUCGGAUGGGAAAAGAGUUCCGGAGCCAUCGUCGAAAGCUAUGCUAUGCAGGGUGGUCCUGAAAACAUCAACAUCAAAGGUGGUGGUAUUUGGAUGUCCGGUGGUGGUAUUGCCUCCGAUAACAAGGGCUCUAUGUGGUUCGCGACUGGUAAUGGUUAUGCUUCCCAGCUGCAUGGUACCCCCGUCCCUGGUAGACAACCUCCAUCCGCUUUAGAAGAAGCUGCCGUUCAUGCCACCAUUCAGGAGGACGGCUCUAUUGCUGUCGUCGACUUUUUCAUGCCUUACGAAAAAGAGGCACUCGACGGUGCUGAUCAAGAUCUGGGAACAUCCCCGCUUAACAUAUCUCCUUACAGCUGUCCAAAUGUCCAACGUAUCGGUGUUAUCACAGGUAAAAACGGGAAAACCUAUUUCCUCAACCUUGACAACUUGGGGGGUUACUGUAUGAGUCCUACCAAGCAGGAUGCUAUUCUCGCCGUUUAUCAGAACGAGAACUCAGUUUAUUCCGGUGCUGGCUUCUAUCCCUUGUCUGCCACUAGCGGGUAUAUCUACAUCAACGUUAUCCAAUAUCCCACUCGUGUCUUCCAAUUCAGCUGCGAUGCAAACGGAAACCCUCGAUUUGUUCCAGUCGCCUACAGUACUGAGAAGAAUGCUUACGUUCUUGGUGUCGGACACGGUACUACUACCUCCUUCCCAGGAAAGGCGAACAGUGGUCUUGUUUGGGUAUCUGAUGUCCAAGGAUUCAAUUUCCGUGUCUACAAGGCUGUUCCUGAAAACGGAAUCAUCCAAACUCUUCGAACCUUCUCUGUCCCUGGUGUAACCAAGUUCCAAAAGCCAGUGUUCGGUAAUGGUAUUGCCUAUAUCGGUACCAACCAGGGAUUCAUCUACGCAUUUGGGUCACCAGUCAAUUCUCCUUUCGAGUGCUCAGACCCAUACGAUUUUGGUACCACUGACAUCGGCACCAAAUCCGCCGCGAAGACUAUUUCCUGCCGGGCUAAAAUUGCCCUCCAGGUUACCAGUGCUGAUCUCUCAUCUGCCACCAACUUCGAGCUUGGUACCCUUCCCACUCUCCCGACUAAUAUCGCCGCUGGCUCAAACUUUACGUUUACGGCUUUCUUCAAGCCACAGUCUGUCAGAUCGUUGACUGCUGACGUCUACCUCAACACCGUCAACAAUGUCGUUGGAUACUCUACCCAAGUUUCCGUCUCUUUGUCUGGUACCGGUCGUUCGCCCGCUGCUCUCUUGGCCAUUCGCCCUGAAACUGUUACCUUCGCUGGUUACAUCACUGGAUCGUCUAACACUGGUGUCGACCAAACUUUCAUCAUUGCUAAUGAUGGUGACUCGCCGCUUACAGUCACCUCAUAUCAAUUUUCCACUCAGUCUCCUACUGGCCCAUGGGUUAACCCUGUCGUCAGUGGGAACACCCAGAAAGUCGGUCCGUUCACUUUCUACGACCUCCCAACGUCGGUGUCUGCAAAUAGCGGCGCGGAUGUGAACGUCAAUUUCUACACUACCGUUUCGUCGUCCUAUACCGUUUAUGUCAAGGUAAACACUAGCGCCGGAAGCAAGACUGCCAGCAUCUUAGCCACUGCUGCAGAUCCACCAAAGGCCGUUGUCGAAUUCGAGAGGCCGAAUAACGGCGGAUGGGCUCCAUUUGACCCUAAUGUUCCAUUCUCGUUCGGUGAUGUUCUUCAGCAGAACACAACCAAUCUCAAGCUCCGUAUCACAAACAAUGGUGGACCAAAUGCUGCCUCUCUCUCCAUUACUGUCUCGAAGCCUCCUGUUGGUUCUGGCAGCAUUGUUGGCGCCGUUAACGGUGUCGACCUCGGAGAGGGUGUUCUCAUCCCGACAGGUCAAUCCGAAACUGCUACUCUCUACUGUUCCGUCCCAAGGACCCAAGUUAACACUGAUCCCUACAAGGGAACCGCUGUUUGGACCAUGAACAUCAACGAUCCAUCUUUCGGCAAGCAGACUUUCCAGUUUGAGUGCAAUGCCAUCUCCCAACAGUUUGGACCUCUGACAAACAGCACUACUGGUCUCUUCCGAUAUGUCGGUUGUGCAAAGGAGAACAACCCUGGCCGUCAGCUACAGUCUCAACUUUGGAGUAGGGACUCUAAAAACGCCAACCCUAACGACAACCAGGCCUGUAUCACCGCCUGUUUUAAUGCCGGAUGGACAUUCGCCGGUACUCAAUACCACUCCGAAUGUUGGUGCGGUAAUACCGUUCCAAAGGAUUUCGUCCCUGAGGGAGAGUGUAGCUUCGGAUGCUCCUUGUCUGAUUCCCAGACUUGUGGUGGUAAUGGAUUUUCUAAUAUCAAUAAUGGUGCCUUCAUUUCCCUCUUCGCCAGGUCUGACAAGUACACCCCUGGUCAACAGCCUUCUGGAACGACGACAACGGCGGGACCAACAUCGACUACCCCAUCCCCGACUCAAACUGCCAACCCAUCAGUUUAUAAGGGCUUCGUUAACCAGGGAUGUUAUGCUCAACCUGGUGGUGAUCGCGCUCUGCCUCAACUAAUUGCGGCCAACUCAUCUAUGUACAUCGAGAUGUGUAUUGAUGCUGCUAUCCAAAGGGGAUUUACUCACUGCGGUGUCGAAUACGGCCAGGAAUGUUGGGCCGGGUCUUCCAUUAGACCCCAGGCCACGCAGCUACCAAUCGAACAGUGCAGCUUUGACUGUCCUGGAAAUCCUGCAGAGAAAUGCGGUGCUGGAAGCAAGUUCAAUUACUACAAGUUUGACCCCGCCGCUGUCAGCUCUACUACGACCACGACGACGACAACUACUACAAGUUCGAGCAGCACGACUACACCAAGUUCUACGACUACUACUACGACUACCACGACAACUUCGAGCCCAACGACUACGUCUAGCACGACCACCACUACCACCACCACUACGACGACGACGACAUCGAGCGCAACCACGUCGAGCACAACUACACCAAGCGCGACUACAUCAAGUGCGACUACAUCAAGUGCGACUACAUCAAGUGCAACCACAUCAAGCGCAACCACAUCAAGCGCAACUACGUCAAGCGCAACUACGUCAAGCACAACGACCACGACCACGACUACCACCACCACCACUAGCUCGAGGACGACCACUCCAAGCACGACGACUACAACAACCACUACGACAACGACAUCACGAACUACGACACCAAGCACAACUGCAGCCACGACUACCACCACAACUACAACCACAAGACCACCUACGACAACUACAACAGCUGUCGUAGUGACGGGUAACCCUAGCACUGUUGGUGCCUUCACCACCAUGGGCUGCUAUAAGGAGCCUAGCGGUGUCCGCGCCAUGCCAAAUGCUUUAUAUGCGGAUGACACCAUGACGGUUGAGAAGUGUGCCAUUGCUUGUGCUGCCUACAAAUAUUUCGGUCUCGAAUACGGACGAGAAUGUUGGUGCGGUAAUGUCCUGAACGUGUCCCCAAGUGGUGGCCCUGUUCCAACGGGUGAAUGCAGCUUCGCCUGCAAGGGUAACCUAGCCCAGAAGUGUGGUGCCGGAAACAGGCUUGACGCUUACGGGAAGCCGUAG